AUCAUCGAGUUUCCCAUCUUGAAACUAAAUGGUCGGACCAUGGAGAUUGAGUCUACCUUUCAUAUGUAUGUCCAGCCUGUAGUCCAUCCACAGCUUACCCCCUUCUGUACAGAGCUCACCGGGAUUAUUCAAGCCAUGGUGGAUGGUCAGCCAAGCCUGCAGCAAGUGCUGGAGAGGGUCGAUGAGUGGAUGGCGAAGGAAGGCCUCUUAGAUCCAAACGUCAAGUCAAUUUUUGUCACCUGUGGAGACUGGGACUUGAAAGUCAUGCUCCCAGGCCAGUGCCAGUAUUUGGGCUUGCCAGUAGCAGAUUACUUCAAGCAGUGGAUUAAUCUGAAAAAGGCUUACAGCUUCGCCAUGGGCUGCUGGCCCAAGAAUGGACUUCUAGACAUGAACAAGGGCCUCAGCCUGCAGCACGUAGGUCGGCCCCACAGUGGCAUCGAUGACUGCAAGAACAUUGCCAACAUCAUGAAGACACUUGCCUAUCGAGGUUUCAUCUUCAAGCAGACAUCUAAGCCAUUCUGA